AUGUCGACCAGUCUGAAUAUUCCCCCGACCGGGCUGUCUCUCCACCUCGGAGAUGAGUCCGGUGAUCCUUCUGUCAAGCCAAAUCAGAUCAUGCGAUUGAAUUUGGUGCAGAGCACCCUCGAUGAUCUGAUCCAGAGCCUACGGAAGGAUCAACCGGCUCGAGUCCGGCUGGGAAAACACCCGUCACUUCACUACGGAGGCAAAUCUCAAAUGUUCCAUGCCUACCCCGAAACGCACCGAUCCGAGAUCUACCACAGCUCAUCCGAUAAAGAGACACUGUACUUCACCGGGGUGUUGAGCCAUAGCCUCGAGGUGGAAAAGGCUAAAAAUGCCACUGCGGCCACCGAUCAGGCGCUGGCAGAUUUGGAGGAAAAAUUGAAUGCCCAUGAGCGGGGAAAGGAGUCGAAGAAGACUCACAUCAUCUCACACCCUGAUGAGUUGAAGGCUCUUCGGGGCAGCAAGUCAGGCUACAAAGGUCCCACCACCAAAAUUGAGCUCGAGAAAGAUCGUUUCCUCAAGACUGCUGCCAAUCGUUCCCUCACUGCUAGUCCUAUCUUGGGUGCUCCCAAGUCUCCUUCUUUUGCAAUGACUCCAACAUCGGCUCCAAUGAUGGAGAAUAAAGACCAUGCGAGGCUUGAAGCCCUCAAGGUUCCCUUCAUUCACCUUCUCGCUGUCCGUGCCGUCUCGGCCAAGUUCCUUGCCCGCCAAACCCGCACCACCGUCGACGAUUGCACCGCCCUCGGCGAGAAAUUCGGAGUUCUGAACCGAAUCAACCCCGAGAAAUAUGAUCUCAAGGACAAAGUUUACAAGGAUCUUGAUGUGUUCGGUUUCAAUUACACCGAGGAGGACCGGAAAGAGGCCAUUGAGAAUUCUAUCUCUGCCUUCGAUCGCAUGCGCAUCUCUCGGUCCGACAAACUUUGGCAAACACUUCUUCCAAAGGCUGAACGAGGCAAGGGUAAGUGCCUUUCGCGUUUGAACCUUCGUACUGGUCCACCCCAGAAACCUGCCGCACCAUCCGCCAAAGCCAAUGGGGAAGAUUCGGGCAAGGACAAUGAGACCGACCGCGCUACAAAAGGAUCCGCGCCUGCUCCCAAGACUGCUUCGGCCUCACAAAAGGCCCGCGACAAGGACCCGACCAAGCGGUCUACCAAACCCAAGAAUACCAACAGUACCCUCACCGGACGGGUUACGAAGAAGACUGGUGGGAAGGCCCCAGUCAAAGUGGACAGCAAGAUCAAGUCCGCAGAAUUCGUACACAGUUCGGACGAAGAUGAUGAUACCGACAUGCAAGAUAUUUCCCCUGCCCCCGCCCCCGCUCCCGCGCCUGCACCCAAGCAGCAACCGAAGGAACACAAGCGGACUCCAUCCAAUUCGAAGCCCCCAGUACCGAAAAUCAAGGCACCGGCCAAGGCUCGCACCACCGAUACUCCCUCAGUCUCAUCUAGUCCUGCUCCUGCUUCCAAGAAUAAACCCGAGACAUCGAAACCUAAGCUUGAACCAUCCAAACCGGCCACCAAGGUUACAGGUUCCAAGCGUCCUCCCUCUCGGCCCUCGACUUCACCGCAGAAGCCGUCUCCACUCGGCUCCUCCCCUCCUUCCAACGUGUCCGACUCUACCAGUAGCAACCGCAGCCGAGCGGACAGCCAGAACCAAUCCUCCGGUUCAUCUUCAUCUUCGCCUCUCAUCACCCAGCUGGCCAAACCCAAAGUGGGCCGUGCAGCCCCUGCCGCAGCCAAACCUGCCAGAGCUACUCCACAGACCAACGGCAUCGCGAAGGCUACCUCCACUACCACAAACCCAUUGAAGCGCAAGGCCGAAUCUGAUCAAUUGUCCGCGCCCCAGGCGGGACGUCCUACUGGAAACUUGGAAGCUAAGCGUCGCCGAGCGGUGAGCUCCUCCAGCGGUGGCAGCACAGGUAGUGCAUCUCCACCAAUGAGCUAUGAAAUUCUGAGACAGCAGCUGCGGGAGAAAUCUCAGAAAUUCAAGAACUUUUACACAAAGUACCGCAACCUACAUGACUCCCUUGCAGCGCUCCCCAAUCCACCUCAGGUCGACCUCGACAAGCUGCAAAAGCAGCACAUUCAUCUACAGCGCAUGAAGAAGGAAAUCUGGGACGAAGAUCGGCAGCUUCGUGAUGGCCUUCAUUCGUAA